CAAGGAAUGUCACUUUCUGGCCGUCAAGGCCUUGUUACACAUAGGGAGCUCAGAUUACAUGCAUAUUUUCAAGCGUGGGACGACGAUCCCUAGGCCUUGAAGGAAGUUAGUUACACCGCCGUCCACAUCAAGACCCACACCGACAUGCCUGGGGUGCCCUCCAACAAAGCGUGCGAGAGAUGUAAAAAGCGUCAUAUGAAGUGUGAUGAGACUCGCCCGAAAUGUGAGCGUUGCACUGCUGCUGGCGUGGAGUGUCCGGGAUACGUCCAGACUCGCAAAUUCAUAGACCAGGGUGCGACGGUCAGGAGGCGAUAUGCGCCGUAUCCAGAGAAUCAUCCUUCAUCAGUUAAUGAUGCAGACAAGACAAGAAGCAGCCCAUGUUCAGGGGAGAAUGCCCAAAUGGCAUCUGUGGCUGAAGGUACACAUGAGAGAAAUGCCUUCGCUAUGCCUUCACCAUUACAAGGAAUGACAAGCAAUUCAAGGCCCAAUCCUACGCAGAUGGGCGCAGCAAACAUCCAAAACUCAACAAACCAGGCACCUUACGAUAUCAAUCCUCUUACUUUUGACCGCGAACAGAGCAGCUCAAGCAGAAGCAAUGCUCAAAAUUCAGUGUCUCCUAAUAAUGACCCCUUUAAUGUUUUAAAUGCACCAUAUCCGGGUUUGGGCCAGAGACCCCGUGACUCGAGAGUUUCGUCAUCUGAAGAACCCUCCCAGCGGAGUGAGAAGGAAGAGUUCCAGGAUAUAUUCUCAGAACUGAUGACAGGAACUGAGCAUGAGAUUGCCUUCCUCAUUAGACAUUUCUCUGAAGUCUUAGGGCCGUGGUUGGAUUUAUCGGACUCGAGAAAAUUCUUCACAGUCUAUGUCCCAAUUCACGCUAUCAAUAGUGACUUUUUAAAACACUCCAUCGCCGCUCUCGUUGCAAAACACCUGGGCAGAGUGAAAGGCGCAAAGUGCACAACAGCCGGUGGAAUGUCCACAAACCCAGCAACCAUGGAGCUUUAUCCGAACUCCUCAGACGUGGAUUGGUUUCUGAAGGCUGCCAACUACUACUAUCUCGCUGUGUCGCGGUUGAAUGCAUCCAUCUCGGAUUAUUAUUCGACUGUGUCUAGCUCAGUCAUUUUGGAGUCGCCGAUCGAGACUGUUGGGCGCUGGUUGCGUCUUCAAGCUGCACAGGCUGGUUCUGUGUCUUUUGAUAGGUUCUCGCGAAAAGCGGAGGAUUUAUUAGCUGCUUCUGCUCUUUUGACCAUGUACAAACUUAUGGAUGAACCGGGCGAGAAUUGGCAAUCACAUCUCACCGGUAUCAAACCACUGUUUAAUUCCCUGCUGCAAAUACACACCAACCAGUCAUCCACGUACCCGCUCUUCUCUCAUGGCGCAAGUGCCGUGUUUUGGAAUUUCGCCCGUCAAGACUACCUGGCAUCUUACUUCAACCGGUUACCCACUCACCUCGACCAGGAAAACCUGCCAUUAUGGCGAGCAGCCGGUAUAUCAAUCGACACGGUCGGAAACACCUCCUUUCACAACGACCCCCAAAACAGCAGAAUAACCUCCCAGGAAGAUCUAGUCGCAAACAGCCUCAUCUGGAUCAUGAACAAGACCGUCAACUUCCUAGCCGAUUUCAGAAAGUCGCAGCUCGCGCACUGGACGGUGAUUGAUCCGUCCGAAGUACCUACUUCCCCAGGCACAGCGCAGCACUCACAUCCCGAUACCUCUACCUGGCUGCGCCUCUGCAUCGCAUUCCAGGGGUGGUUUGACCAUCUCCCCGAGGCGUUCCGUCCGUGCUUACGCCUCGACCAUCCAAAGGAUACGUCCAAACCACCGGAAAUAAUACACCUCCCAUUCCCGGAAAUCUUCUACUCCUUGACUACCUGCACCGCAGCCAUGCAGCAAUACCACUUUGGUCGGCUCGCGUUGCUGCUGAAUCGACCGCCUGAUGUCGUUAGCGCACCCAGUACCGCAUUUGAUCGUCUACAGGGGUAUCGCGAGGUAACGAAAGAAGUCGACUACCGCUGUCGAGAAAUCUCUGGUAUCGCGCUGGGUCGACCGCAGGGCGGGGUGCGUAUCUAUAUGGUCCCCGUGCUGCUUGCUGUGGGGCAGUGUCUUGAAAAGCCAGAAGAGCGCCAGAUUGUUGUUGAUUUGUUGCGUGGUGUUGAGGCGGAUUUGGGCUGGUCGACGGAUGGCACGAUUCAGAGGCUGCAGAGCUAUUGGGAUCAGUCGCCGGGUAGCCUUGCAGCAACCUGAGGUUUAUAAGCUUGUUAUCGUGUGAGGAUUGAAUACGUCGUCAGGCUAGGGUUUUAUGAUUUCGGGCAUUUGAUAAGUUUAAUAAGGAAGACCAGACUUGUUCAUUAAUAUAUACAGAAUCAUAAUAAAUACUGAAAUCUAUCAUAGUUUAAUCAUACCCCGUCCUUCUGGC